AUGUCCAGCUCAAAGUACAGUGAUUUGACCCGAGAACAAUUACUGGAGCACAUUGAAAAGCUCGAAGCACAGAUCAACAAUCCAGAAACCACACAACAUGAUUCAGAUUCAUCCGAGCUAAAGCACAAAAAAAGGCGUCAACGAGAGCGAAACAAUAGACCCUUCGAUAUGAACAAGUAUACCAAGCGCAAGAUUGCAUUGCAAGUAGCUUAUAUUGGAUGGGAUUACUGUGGAUACGCCAGCCAAAACCGACCCGAUGAGAUUCCUACCAUCGAAGACAAGCUAUUCAAAGCGCUGAUCAACUGUAAAUUAGUCGAGGACAUGGAGGAGAGUGAUUACAGCCGUUGUGGACGCACAGACAAGGGUGUGAGUGGAUUAGGCCAAGUCAUUGCACUUAAUGUUCGAUCCAAAAAGCUACAAUCUGACCCAUCGCCCGGCCUACUGCCUAAUGACAAGGAGUUCCCCUACGUCGACACAUUGAAUCGCAUGCUACCUCCAGAUAUCCGUGUUCUGGCUUGGGCACCUGUCAAAGACGACUUUAGUGCUCGCUUCCAUUGCACAGGACGUACCUACAAAUACUUUUUCCCUCGCAACAAGAUGAAUAUCGACAACAUGAGAAAGGCAUGUACCUACUUUGAAGGACCCCACGAUUUCCGCAAUUUCUGUAAGAUGGAUCCAUCGAAAAAUGUGCUGAGCUACGAGCGAGUCAUCAUGUCAAUGAAGAUCAACCCAGUGCAGUAUACGCAAACAGUGGGCGUUGGAGAAGGCACAGAAUUUUACGAGGUAGAAUUGAAGGGCACGGCAUUUUUAUGGCAUCAAGUUCGAUUCAUGAUGUCGGUGCUCUUUUUGGUUGGUCAAGGUUUGGAGGUUCCUGAAAUUGUGCGUGAUUUGCUUGAUAUUGAAAAGGUGCCUUCAAAGCCUGAUUUCCCCAUGGCCAGUGAUUUGCCUCUGGUAUUGUACGAUUGCGAAUUCAAGGGUCUCGAAUGGACAUACUCGUUCCGUGAUUCUGAAUACGAUCCCCUGCCGUCAUCUUACCGCACUUAUUUGCAUUACAAUGAAGAAUGGACAACACAGAUGAUUCGUACCUUGACCUGUCAAAACUACCUUUCCAAAGUCGCCAAGUUCCCUGUAAUCAUGCCUGAUCAAUCGGUAAAGACUGUGGAAGAGUUCUCAGAGGCGAGAUCCGUUGUCAGCGCGGCUGGUGUUGCGACUAUCGUCCUGGGUGGUGGAAAAGAGAUGAGAAUGAACAAAUAUAAGCCAGUGCUGCAGAGACCUCGUUGUGAUACAGAUGAGCUGAAGAAGAGCAAAUUUGAAGUUCGCAAGAAGCGCAAGUUGGAUAGACAGCAACAAGAACAGGAAAAGGCGGAUGAAACAUCCCAAUCAUAG